CGGAGAAUCUCAGCCAGCCAGCGGCGCCAGGCACGGCCUCGUUGCCCACGUAUCCACUGCUGCUGCUGACAUCGGCCGUCAUCAGCGGGCUCUGGGGUGCAUCUACAACAGCUGAAGAGUCUGUCCGGUGAAAUGGCCGAUCCGACGACUCGGCCUGCUACUAUUUCGUUGAAGAAGCGGUCUGCUGCCCGAAAACCAGCCGGCCGCGCUCCGAAACCUCAGGUUGCUGGAUCCACAGACAAACAGGCGGCAACAGAUGAGCCGCUCGAUCUCGGGGCCGAGUUUCUCCGUCUCGAGAGGUUUUUUCGAAGCUUCAACACCGUCUGUACAUUUGUGCUUUCGAAGCGACACUCUGCGAUCGCCUUUAGCAGUGUUCAACCUUCAGUCGAGGGCCUCUUUGGCGAUCGUAUAUCUGAGCAAGAUGUUGCAGCCGUUGCGGUCCUAUGUCCGUCAAUGUUACGGCUCGGUCACGGCCACAAGAUCGACUAUGACGAUAAACUCUAUGAAGAUCUCAAGUCCAUCGCCUCGCCUGACGCUUCUCGAUCCGAUCCACAGUUGAUACUGGAGUUUGUCGACAUUGACCCUGCCAAAAAAACGCAAGUGUGCGAGCUCUCCAAGAUCAUCGAGGCGAGAAACAUGACAUUCAGAGCAUCACUGCGGGAUUUUCACAAGCUCGCUCUGCAGCAGGGUGAAGAUCCCUUGGAAAAACUCUGGCGAACUGCUCUCCAAGUACUCCCGGAGGAGCCGAAAACCUUUGGAGGAGCCAUUCGAAGCGGCUCUCCCAGUCAGUAUGAACCCAUCGCAAAGAAGCCUCGCUUGGCUGCAACCGAUGAGGCUAUCGAUGCCAUCAAACAAGAGCGCUUUUAUCAUGGCCAAAUCGUGGCCGAGGUGGAGACGCCAGGACGAGAGGCGUCAUUUGGUUUCCUCGACGAGCCGCUGCCAGCAGGCAUUCGUGAUGGUCUGGAGAGGCAUUAUGGCAUCAAGAAGCUCUACCGACACCAGACGGACGCCCUGAAUCACAUUUCGCAGGGGCACCAUGUCGUCGUCACAACACCAACGUCCAGCGGCAAAUCCUUGAUUUAUCAACUGCCAGUUUUACGUUCUCUGGAAGAUGGCGCUGGCGGCGCCACUACAAUAUAUAUCUUUCCAACAAAGGCUCUUGCUCAAGAUCAAAAGCAGUCGUUUGGCAACCUCCUGAGUCAAUGCACCACUGUAUCUGAGGGAAUCAUCUCCGACUUUGAUGGCGACACUCCAAGAGAUGUCCGCCGUUCAAUUCGCGACAACUGCCAAGUUAUCUUUACGAAUCCGGAUACACUUCAUUACAGCAUACUUCCGCACCACAGCGGAUGGCGGGGGUUCCUAUCUCGACUACGAUAUGUAGUUAUUGAUGAACUACAUCAUUACACCGAGGCCUUUGGAACCCAUUGUGCAAUGAUUAUUAGGCGACUGCGACGCAUCUGUGAGCACUACGAUAACCACGGCGUUCAGUUUAUUUGUUGCUCGGCAACAAUUGCAAAUCCAAAGGAGCACUUUUCCACGCUUGUAGGUCUAGAUUCCGUAAAAAUUGUCGAUCAAGAUGGGGCACCAUCAGGAUCGAAGCGACACAUCAUUUGGAAAGCCGGACUACGAAAAGAGAAAUCGAAUGGGACUCCCGUGCGAACCCAAGUGGAAGAGGUCGCGGAACUAUUCAUCGGUUUUCUGCAUCGUGGAAUCCGCACCAUUUGCUUUUCUAAGUCGAGAAUGGACUGCGAAAUUUUGUUCAAGGAGAUAGUGGCGACAGCACGACGGAUGUAUCUCAAUCCCGAUGCUCUAAUUGAGCGAAUCAGCUGUUAUCGGGCAGGAUACAGUGCGUCGGAGCGCCGAUCCAUCGAACAUAAGAUGUUUAAGGGCGAGUUACUUGGUUUGAUUUCCACGAGUGCCUUAGAGCUUGGGAUUGAUAUCGGAAGCUUGGAUGCUGUGCUGCAUCUAUCUUUCCCAAGCAGUCUGGCAUCCUAUCGGCAGCAAGCCGGACGUGCUGGCCGACGGAGUCUCAGUUCGGUCUCGAUAUUGAUAGCAAUCCCGGGCUCUCCGAUCGACGAAUUCUACCUGAACAAUCCCGACUCGCUUGUCGAUAGCAGCUAUAGCGCUGCACUGUUGUGUACCGACAACAAGUGGUAUCUGGAGCAGCACCUUCAUUGUGCCGCCGCAGAGAUACCGCUGAAUAUUGAGCGAGAUGCGAAAUACUUUGGCGAAUCGGCAGGCGAAGUGAUGCAAGCGAAUCUCUUUUUCGACCCGCAGAACAAUAUUCAGCGGAUCACCGUCGCAGCAUGUCCAAAUCCGCGGAAGCCAAGCGGACGUUGUCAGGGUGGUCGACAUAGUCACAAAUACGGAUAUCGAAGACGUUGAAGUGGACCGCGCUCUCAACACCAUUUAUCGGGGAGCGAUAUUCAUGCACAGGGGUGACACUUAUGUGAUCAAGCAUAUGUGCUGGACCAAGAAGUGCGCCUUGGCAACACCGACCACAGCAACCUACACAACGAAGGCCGUAAGCUCGACCACGGUUCUACCACUUGAAUCAAUUAUGAGCAAGUCUAUGCCUUAC